AUGGCUUUCAAUGUGCUGUUGAGGGGUGUAGCGGAGGGUCAGGGGUGUGUCAAGGCCAUGGAAAUGUGUCAUAACCAUCAUACAAGGGGUAAUAAGCGGCCGGAUGGGGCGGUUAUUGGUGACGGCAUCAGCCUUAGGACAGUGUUGCAUCGUGCGGUGAAGGAGAUGAUUGAGUUGGAUUCGGAGCAAGAGAAGGAUGAUUGGGUGCCGGGUGAGUGGUGGGAUCCCAUGUGGGGGAAGAGGCCGAAGCAGAACCUGAGCAAGAGGAGCAAACUGAAGAAAGAGAUGGAGAAGGCAGAAAAAGCGGAGAGGCGGGAAAAGAGGCAAAUCAGGAGGAGAAGCAUCGAGUUUGUCCUUGACUGGUGCUGGAGAGAAAUGAGAGGGAGCGGUAUGGGCAUUCCAGACGUGGAGAAGACGGUUAGGAUCUGGCUGCAGAGGACUAGAUGGGCAGCAUUUUUAGAGUAA